AUGUCUGCGUACGUGUUAGAUGAUCAAAAACAGAUUACUGAGCUUAGUUUCCUAUCUAUCUAUCCUAUCUCUAUUGUACAGGACAAAACUGACUCUAAAAUAUGUCCGUACAAUGACAACAACAACACCAACAACCGCCGUGUUGGCGCUCCUCCCCCUCUUCCCAACCUGCCUGCCGGUCGCCGUCCGCCCGUCCCCGCCCCCCCCCCCCCCCCCGACCUCGAACAAUACUGGGCGUCGUUGUACGAGGGGCUCCCGGUCGGUGCCAAUCCUACAAUCCCUGCAAGGGAUCUAGGUCGACUGAGACCGUUUGUGCAUACCGAUGUAGGACUGCAAGUGCUUGCCCGGCCAGGGGCACAAUCUAUUGAGUUCCGACACGGCCGGAUCCAUACUCACCAGAUUACAAUGCACCGAGCAAGCUACAUCAAUGCCCUGCUGAUACAAUCUCAGGGAAUUCGUCCGCCAGCCCCGUGUUCCAGAUGCCGUGAUGGUACGGGGGGCGUUUUCCCAGAAUAUCACCAUUUACCAGGCGCAUUCGGCGGUAUUUGCGCCAACUGCAAAUGGCCUGAUGCUGGUAGCAGCUGUACCGUCCGAGAUUCAGCAUGGGGUGUCUUACGGGAAGCUCAGCCUCCUAUGCCUGUCAUCGGCAGGGGAUUGCCCGCACCGGGGGCCUCUUGUACGGAUCCUAUCGUCGUGGGGGAAGAGGGGGAGGAGGAAGAAGAAGAAGAAGAAGUGGUUGUUGUACCGGUAUCUCUGACUCGUCCGGAUCCUCCUCCUUGA